AUGACAAACUCCGGACCCAAUCCCCCCCAAACACGAAGGAAUCGAAAAGUCUCGGCCUUGACCGCUCAACAGGCCCAGCACAAGCGCGAUCUCGAUCGCAGGGCACAGCGCGCCUUACGUCAACGCGUCAAAUCUCGUCUUCAAGACCUCGAAGAUGAUUUGGCACGUGCAAAGACCGAUUGUUCCGUUCGCGAACAGAAAUUGAUGGAUGAGGUCUACCUGCUGCGCGAGGAGAAUCGAAAAUUAAGAUCCUAUCUAGACAGCAUCGGCCAGUUCGCACACAACGGGGCCGCCGAGACAGAUAUCAAAAAUGACACAGGGGUCGAUGAUACUGCAAGUCCGGACCCGGAUCGGGCCACAACAGAGACUGAGGGAGAGCCUAUACUGGAAAAUGAUGAUCAGCGCGGAGUGGCCUACGACGAGCCUCAACGAGAGCAAGCCUUGGCGGAGGACACGGACCGUGUUCUGAUGCAGUCAAUGGGAGACAUCGAUAGCAAUGAGUAUACGCGUGCUCAGUCGGGCCAAGGUAUGACGACAAGUGCUUACACAGCCUCCGCAAACAUGUCCAUGGGCCGCCCUGGCCUUCCGAGCCCCGAAACCGAAUCAUCGUUGAGCCGACACCAAAUGAGACAAUUCGCGGAAUCUCGUGGCGAACGCAUGCAACAGGUAUCCCAGGGUCUGCCACAACCAAUCCUGGCCUCACCUCACAGCAUUUCAAGGCCAAUCUGGCCAUCGCUACCAAACCCGACGAUAUACCAACCACCACUCGCCACGGGGAUUGCAGCUGUAUUGCCAAAGCAUACAUCUGCGACGUGUCCAUUGGACCAGAUACUCCUCGAUUUCAUCGACUCCCGGCGGUCCAUGGUGGCCAAGGGAUACGAUGUGGACUCCGUCCUAGGACCGAUUCAGCCAUAUUUACAAGCAAUUCUACAUCCUGGGCCCCCAACUCCGGAGGUUCACGCGGCGAGUCGGGUGUUGGGUGAAGUUCUUACGACCUUCCCUUACGUCGCGAUUCCCCAAAAACUGGCGUUCAUGUUUGUAAUGUAUCGGACAAUGCGAUGGCAAAUAUCACCGACAGAUGCCAACUACGAACAGAUGCCUCGCUGGCUCCGACCGACUGCUAUGCAGAUCACCGUGCCACACGCUUCGUGGAUUGAUAAUAUUCCCUGGCCUCGUGUGCGUGACCUGCUCAUUGAACAUCCCGACAAGUAUCCAUUCGCUGCCUUCUCCGAGCUUUACUCGCAGAAUAUCACCGUCAACUGGCCGUACGAGGACAUGGAUACAGUCUCCACCCACACGGAGAACAUACAAUUUAAUAAUAUUUUUGAAAAACACGUCCGCAAGCUAUCCAACUGGACAGUUUCGGAACCCUUUAAAGACUACUUGCCGGAGAUGAUACCGGCGAUCUAUGAGAAAGAUUGA